CAUCCGGCAGUCCACAUGAGUGUCUCCAAACCCCCGCCCCCACCCUCCUCAUCCCACCUGGUCCUCCCCCCUUCGUCCACCUCCGCCUCCGCCACAACCUCCUCCACCUCUCCCUUACUGACCCCGCACACCUCCGCCCCACCCCCUCCCUCCCCAGUCAAGAUCUCUAUGCAGGAGCACUUUGCCAUCAAUGUGUGCCCGGGUCCCAUCCUGCCCAUCCCGCAGAUCUCCGACUUCUUCCCCCGCUUCCACGACUACCCCUGCACGCCGCCGCCGCCGCGGGAGAAGAAGAUCCUGAAGGAAGAGACUUUCAAUGGAGAGAUGGGUGGGGUUGAUAAGGACAAGGAGAGGAGGGGGGAGUACGAUGGAGAGAGGGGGGAGAUAGCGGACUCUGAUGAUGACGACACCUACCUGGGCACCCUGGAGUUCAGCCUGCACUUUGACCAAGAAAACAACUGUCUUCAUUGUACCAUCCACAAGGCCAAGGGACUAAAAGCCAUGGACUCCAAUGGACUGGCUGAUCCAUACGUCAAGCUCCAUCUUCUGCCAGGGGCAAGCAAGGCAAACAAGCUUCGCACAAAGACCCUGAAGAACACCUUGAACCCGGUAUGGAAUGAGACGCUGAUAUAUCACGGCAUUACAGCGGCUGACAUGACCACCAAAACACUCAGGCUGUGUGUGUGUGACAUGGACAGACUUGGCCGAAAUGAGUUCAUCGGAGAAGUCAGAGUGGCUCUGAAGAAACUGAAAGAGGGAGAGAACAAAAGAUACAAUAUGGGCCUAGAGAGAAUUGCACAGAAUAAGGAAAGUAACAAUCAAGCUUUGGAGCCGGGUGUGCCCACAGCGGAGGAGGAGCGGGGUCGAAUCUUGGUGUCACUGUGUUAUAACACAGAGAAGUCCUGCCUGCUUGUUGGGAUCAUACGCUGUGCCCAUCUGGCUGCCAUGGACUCCAAUGGCUACUCGGACCCCUUUGUCAAAAUUGUACUACAGCCUGAUAUGGGGAAAAAGUCCAAGUACAAGACUUCAGUGAAGAAAAAGACCCUUAACCCGGAGUUCAAUGAGGAGUUCUCAUAUGAAGUAUCUCUGGACCAGCUGGCAAAGAAAACCCUGGAGAUCUCCGUGUGGGACUACGACUUGGGAAUGAGCAACGACUUCAUAGGCGGAGUGGUGCUGGGCAUUAAUGCAAGUGGGCAGAAACUCAGACACUGGUUUGAGUGUCUUAAAAAUAAAGGGAAGAAAGUCGAGUACUGGCACACGCUCACACAACAAGGAGCUCCAAGCAGCGACAAACCAGACUAA